CUCACUCAGUCCUCAUCCUUCUUUCUCUUCUUGGUAAUGUCGUUGGCGGGCUUCUCCCUCUGGUGUGAAGGCAUGUCGGAUUCAGGAGGAACACCUAGACAGACGACAGACACAGCGCGGCGGUCUGCGGCGUCUGUGUGUGUGCUCCCCAUCUGUGCACGUUCACCCACCGAUCAGCAGCAACCUCGGGAGCCUCUCUUUAAGCUGCUCAUCCGUCAUUCUCGGGACAGACCUGCCAGGGAUGACACGGCCGCGGGGGCUUAAUGACUCGAGCGCCUCCAGCAUCUGACACACACAGAGAGAUGACGUGCGUCUGUGUGCCUUGCUGUCUUGUGUGUUUUGUGUGUGUGUGCCUGUCGACGAUGUGGAUCCUUCUCAUCUGGCCAGAGCCUUUGGACAGUCUCGGGAAGCUUCUCCAUGGCUUCCAGAAGCUUCUCGUCCUUUAUCCCAAUCGUGCCCAUCUUCGCGCAAGGGAGGUUUCCUUCCUCCUCCUCUGCGAGUCAGAUCUACUGAGCUUGGAGAUCCGCUCGGCCUUGCAUUCUGCGUGUGCCUGUGUGCCUGUUUGGUAAGGAAGGUUGCGCCUGGCUUGCAGGGAGUUCGCUCGUCAAACCCUUGACGGACCGUCGCUGAGAAUGCAAUGACAAUCAUUCCAUCUCGCAUCG